GUUAUUAAUGUUCGAACUAUUACAACGCAACCUGUAAAACUUAGGAGUAUAGCACAAAAAAUUCUGUUGCAGAUUAAUUGCAAACUAGGUGGAGAGCUGUGGGGUGUGGACAUUCCUUUGAAACAGCUGAUGGUGAUUGGCAUGGAUGUGUAUCAUGAUCCCAGCAGAGGGAAGCGCUCUGUGGUGGGCUUUGUAGCGAGUAUCAAUCAAAUUUUGACACAGUGGUAUUCCAGGGUUGUAUUCCAGAUGCCUCAUCAAGAAAUAAUAGAUAGUCUGAAGGUCUGCUUAGUAGCUGCCUUGCAGAAGUUCCAUGAGGUUAACCACUGCCUCCCGGAGAAGAUAGUGGUUUAUAGAGAUGGGGUGUCCGAUGGCCAGCUGAAAAUGGUAGAAAGCUAUGAAAUCCCACAGCUGCAGAAAUGCUUUGAAGCUUUUAAUGAUUAUGACCCUAAAAUAGUGGUGUUUGUGGUUCAGAAAAAGAUCAGCACUAACAUCUAUUCAUCAGCUGCCGAUCACUUUACAACACCUCCUCCAGGGACGGUGAUAGACCAUACAAUCACCAGCCGAGAUUGGGUGGAUUUUUACUUGAUAGCACACUACACGCAACAAGGCUGUGGCAUCCCAACUCACUACAUCUGUGUAAGGAAUACAGCCAAUCUCAGUCCUGAUCACAUGCAGAGGCUGACUUUCAAACUUUGCCACAUGUACUGGAAUUGGCCAGGAACUAUCAGAGUGCCUGCCCCUUGCAAAUACGCACAUAAGCUGGCUUUUCUCUCUGGGCACGUUCUCCACCAUGAACCAGCAAUUGAGCUGUGUGAGAAACUCUUCUUCUUAUAGCUUCUGCAAUCAACUGCCUUCAAAAAAAGAGUGAAUGCCCUGAUCCGAGGCAGAAUUGAGAAGCAAUUGCCCUGGGUUUACCGUUAAUGGGCAGCCCCUCCCAUUUUCAGCCCACCCCCUCAACUGGAGGCUCUGCCAAGGCUCUUAUAGCCCUUACCCCAAUCCUGUGUGAUUUUUAUGAUUGUUCACCACCCAGAGUCACUUGUUUGAGAUGG